CCGGAUUUGCACUGGGUUUGAUUCGGAUACUUUCCCUUUCACCAUGGGGCACCUAUGAUGUCUCCGAGAUCCAACCUCCCUGUACAGUGAAUCAAAUUUGCAAACAUUAUAUUCAUAAGGAGGCAGAAGACCCCUCUGUUUACCAACAGUGACAUAUGGAGGGUCACCAUUUUGACUGAUUUCAAGUUCAGGACAUUUACUAUGGCUUCAUUCCUUAUAGGAAUUUGUUUACUCUUCAUACAACCUCAACUGGUGCCUUCCAGACCGACCAUAAAUACAAAGACCUAUACCUCCUUUAAUCCAUUUAAUGAAGAACAGAGUAAGAAGGCAACGGUUGAAGGCACUGGACGUGAUGUUGUCCAUCUCAAUGCUACUAGGCAGUACUUACCCCACACUAUCAUUAUCGGUGUCCGUAAGGGGGGUACAAGAGCCCUGCUUGAAAUGCUAAGCCUCCAUUCUGAUAUUGCUGCAGCUGAAAAUGAAAUUCACUUCUUUGACUGGGAAAAACAAUACCAGCAAGGUCUGAAGUGGUAUCUUAGCCAAAUGCCCUUCUCCUACCCUCAUCAGCUCACCGUGGAGAAAACACCAGCCUAUUUUACAUCUCUGGAGGUUCCAGAGAGAAUCCACAGAAUGAACAGUACUAUUAAACUCCUGCUUAUAUUAAGGGAUCCUAUUGAGAGAGUAUUAUCCGACUACACUCAAGUCUUCUAUAACCAUAAACAGAAGAACAAAACCUAUCCACCAGUGGAGGAACUACUUCUCAAGAACAAUGAGCUUAACACGGACUACAAAGCCAUAAACAGAAGUUUGUAUGAGCAUUACAUGGAACACUGGCUAAAAUAUUUCCCUCUUGAGAAUAUUCAUAUUGUGGACGGGGAUAGCCUGAUCAGGGAUCCCUUUCCUGAAAUGCAGAAGGUGGAGCAGUUCCUAAACCUCUCCCCACAAAUUAAUGCCUCAAACUUUUACUUUAAUAAGACGAAGGGCUUCUACUGUUUGAGAGACGGUGGGAGAGAUCGGUGUUUGCAUGAGUCCAAAGGCAGAGCCCACCCUCAAAUAAGCACUUUCCUACUGGGCAAAUUGCGGGACUAUUUUUAUGAGCCCAAUAAAAAGUUCUUUGAACUUGUUGGUAGAACACUUGACUGGCUCUGAGCUGAGAACAAAUGACAUAAUGGGAGUUUCAGGGAAACUUGCAUAUUAAGAAAAGAUAUUAAACUCUAAUUUAUUUGUAAAUGGAAACCUAAAUGACUAUGUACAGCACUAGCACAGUAUUCUGACUAGUUUAUAUAUAUAUUUUUUUUUUUUUUUAUACGUGUUAAAGAUGAAAACGCUUUGUAUGGGGUUUUCAUUGUUAAUAGCUUAUUCCAAAAUGUAUAUUUUCUAAUAUAUUUCACUAAAUGCACUUAUACUUGUG